UAUCGUUGCGAUAUUCCGAAGAUAAAACGUUCAGUCCUGAACUAAUCUCUUUCCAAAUUGCAGCCAAGAUUCGAUUUCUUUCUUCUGGAAUAAUUUCAACUUUUGAACAUGCAAUUCGAUCUUGGAAUGGGGCUGAAAAGAGAGGUGACUGCACCUCUGAUUGUUGUUUCAAACCGUUUACCAUUCGUCCUGUCAAGGAAUGAAAAAGAAAUUCUCGAAAGAAAGCAAAGCGCUGGUGGUCUGGUGACUGCUGUGGCACCUGUGGUCAUAGAGUGCAAAGGACUUUGGAUCGGUUGGUCUGGCAUACACGAUAUGGACGCCGAUGAAGCAAUCCCUGAGGCAGACCCUGAAGACAAAGCCCCCACCUCUGGCUUGCUUUCAAGUCAGAUAAUCCCAGUUCAACUUGAUGAAAAACUAUUUGAAUCGUACUACAACGGAUGCUGCAACGGAACCCUCUGGCCACUAUUUCAUUCCAUGCCUGACAGAGCGGUUUUCAAAGCUGAAACAUGGAAGGCGUAUUGCAAGGUCAAUGAGGAAUUCGCUAAGAGCACAUUGACUGCAUUGAGAAAAACAUUGACAGAUCUUGAUUCACAGGGAAAAGGUAAUAUUUCCCCAGUCAUAUGGAUUCACGACUAUCAACUUUUUGUUGCUGCAAAUUACAUAAGACAGGUUUGUAAUGAAGAAAAUUUACGGUGUAAGCUAGCAUUUUUCCUGCAUAUACCAUUUCCGUCAUGGGAUAUCAUGAGGCUCUUCCCAUGGGAUGAUGUAAUCCUACAAGGAAUAAUGGCCUGUGACUUUGUUGGCUUUCAUAUUGAAGAUUACUGCCUUAAUUUUAUCGACUGCUGCAGCAGGAGGCUAGGAUGUCGUGUUGAUAGGAACAAAAUGUUAGUCGAACUCGCUGGAAGGACAAUACACGUAAAAGCCCUUCCGAUUGGCAUCCCUUUUGAGAGAUUUGUGCAGCUUGCAGAAAGCGCACCUGUCUACAUAAAGGACACAGAUAAGGUCAAAGUUAUUCUUGGAGUUGACAGGCUUGAUUAUACUAAAGGUUUGGUACACCGUAUGCUCGCAUUCGAACGACUCCUUGAAAAACACCCAGAGUAUAUAGAAACAGUAAACUUUUUGCAGAUAUCAGUCCCUUCGAGGACAAAUGUGAAAGAGUACAAACAGCUAAAAGAGGAGAUUGAUCAACUGAUCGGAAGAAUCAACGGAAAAUUCUCUAGACCGAACUGGUCUCCUAUAAGAUACAUUUAUGGCUGUAUCAACCAAGAACAGCUUGCUGCUAUUUACAGAGAUUCGGCCAUCGCUUUAGUCACACCUCUCAGGGAUGGUAUGAACCUUGUGGCAAAGGAGUAUGUCGCUUGUCAAAUAAAAGACCCCGGUGUUCUGAUAUUAUCGCCAUUUGCCGGUGCAGGGGGUAUGAUGCACGAAGCAUUACUUGUCAACCCUUAUGAAAUUGACGAUGCUGCAGCUACCCUUCACCGUGCACUCCAAAUGCCAUUGGACGAAAGAGAAUUGAGAAUGAGACAAUUAAGGCACAGAGAACAACUCAUGAACGUCAACCACUGGAUGAAAACAUUUCUUUCAGCGAUCGGUGCACUUUCCACUGAUGAAGAAGACGAUCCAUUGACAGCAAAAAUGCUUCCUUUAUCGCUCGACGAUUUUGAUCAUUAUUUAAACAACCACAUUGAUAAUAAUUGCAAACUCAGUUUAAUUCUAGAUUACGACGGUACAUUGGUUCAAUUAACUUCUCAUCCUGAUUUAGCGGUUCUUCCAUCAGAAACUAAAAAAGUUUUAGAAAGACUUGCAAACAUGCCAGAUGUUAACAUCGCAGUUAUAUCAGGUCGUAGAUUGGAGAAUGUAAUCCACAUGGUAGGAAUUGACAGCAUUACUUAUGCUGGGUCUCACGGCUUGGAAAUUUUACAUCCAGACGGCACCAAAUUUAUGCAUCCGGUACCGAACGCUUAUGCGGAAAAGUUGAGAGAGCUUAUGCGCUUAUUGCAAGAUGAAGUGUGUCACGAUGGAGCUUGGGUUGAAAACAAAGGAGUACUUUUGACGUUCCAUUACAGAGAAACACCUGUAUCUAAACGAGACCAUAUUGUAAAAAGAGCAAGCCAGAUUUUCUAUAAAGCGGGAUUCCAGCCUCAUCAAGCGCAUAUGGCAAUUGAAGCAAAACCGCCGGUCACAUGGGACCAGGGCAGGGCUUCUAUUUAUAUGCUGAGGACCAUGUACGGCGUCGACUGGUCAGAAAGGGUAAGAAUCAUAUAUGCCGGGAAUGAAGGCGCUAUGCAAGCCCUUCAAGGUAUCGCUUGCACUUUUCGAGUAGACUCAUUGCCAACAGUACGAACUGCAGCAGACUUUCGCCUUGCAGGGCCUGAUGAAGUUUUGACGAUGUUGCGCUGGGUUGAGAAACAAAUGAAUAAAAGGUCGCCUCGUCUCGUACUCUCGCCCAGGCUGACCAGGUCGCCAAAAAUUCAGAAAAAACAGCACUCGUCUGAUAGUAUACAUUCUCAGAUGAGCUUCGAAGAGGAAGACGAAAAGCACGCUUUCAUGGGGAAAAAUGGAAAAUGUAGGCAUUUUCCUAUUUUGUCCUAACCAAACCAAUUAAUACAUUAAUGCAGAUCUUGUUUUUCAAUUGGUAUAAAUUUUGUAAAUAAGUUUUUUUUAAUCUAAGCAAUUCAGAGUUUUGAAAUAUUUAAUGUUAAAA